UUCACUCUGUUCUUUGAAGCCAUGGUGAAUAUUCCAAAAUCAAGAAACACCUUUUGCAAAGGUCGUAAAUGCCGAAAGCAUACUCUGCAUAAAGUGACUCAGUAUAAGAAGGGAAAAGCUAAUGGUUUAGCUUUAGGUAUAGUAUUUUAUUGCUGUUAUUAGAAUUUUAAAAUGCUUCUCUUUUGAAAAAAUAAGGUGAUAGAAGAUAUCACAUAAAACAAGAAGGUUAUGGAGGACAAACUAGACCAAUCUUCCAUAAAAAGGUAAUAGUACUUUCUUCUUUCGCUCUCUUCCCCUCUUUCUAAUUCUAUUCAAACAUACUUUUAAAAAGGCAAAAACGACUAAAAAGAUUGUCUUGAAAAUGGAGUGUACAGUUUGUCAUAGAAAGAAACAAUUGGCAAUUAAAAGAUGCAAACAUUUCGAACUUGGAGGAGAAAAGAAGUCAAAGGGUCAAAUGCUUCAGUUUUAAUUGCAAAACAUUUGUGACUCCCUCAUCGUAAGCGAAGGCUUGCAUACCAAAUCCUAAAACGGCAGAUAGCUGUAUCGAACCAACAGAAACAAGAGGAUUGGAUACCGUGUAUGAGACAUCCAUUGGACAGAGUCCAUUAAACAGGAUGGGGCUCAACAGAACCUGAAUAAAAUGUCACUAGGUUAACAAUAUAUUAAAGAAAUUAUCACUAUUGGUUUGAUUUUAAAAGAGUAUUAAAGACGUUCAGAAUAUGUUUGAGUACUUUCAACUGAAUACUAUUCAAACGUAUUCCAUCCAAGUUACAACCUUACCGAAGUAGAAAUAAUCAUCGUUACUGGUCUGGCUUAUUUAGAAAAAGGAUGGACACUUUGGAUACAAUACCCGUAGAUAGCGACGAUAGUGGGUCGAUUAUGUCAGCUGAAAAUUAUACAUCAGAGGCAUAUAUAUCAUCAUCGGAUGAGCACGAUAUACCCGAAAAUAAAUUGCAGUUAUUACUGAACAGAAUAAGAGAAGAGAUUGAGAAAGUAGAUACGGAAAAAGAGAAGAAGCGUAACGAAUUUAUCACAGACGUUAACAGUUUAAUCGACUCAAUUCAUAGUAAAAAGAUAGAUAUCGAUAGUAGAAUAGAUCUAUUCUAUACAGAUAAAAAGGCACAACUUGAAAAAGCUCUUUCAGAAGCUAAACAAUUAAAUUCAUUAUACGAAACUUCAUCCAACGAAAUUAUUCAACGUAAUCUCACUAAAAUGAUUAGCGAAUUUUUAUACUCAACCGAGAACCUCCUCCGAAGGGAGACAGUCUUCGAAGGUUCUAACCUUUUUGUUGAGAAAGAUAUAGGACAUUUAGUAAGACCUAUUUAUGAGAAACCUGUUAGAAGGUAUUUUGCAGAGCUUAGAGCAAAACCCAGAAAGAUAAUCUCUACUAAAGAUUCAUUUUUUAUAUUACAAAAUGAUUUUAUAAUAUACGAUCUACAGAAUAAAGCUAUCGUUGUAAAUGAGGAUAGGAAGAUAUUGGAUAUGUGUGCAACAUACGAGGGUCGCCUAUCGUAUCUUGCAAUAAACGAUGGUAUUUUCUACGUAAAGCUAUUAGAGUAUGAUAAUUACGGACAAUGCGAAUACUUUAUUAAUAAACGAGAAAUUGAUGCACAAUCUAUUGUAUACGGAGUAUUCAAAGAUUGUAUUAUGUUAAGGAGCUUACGUAGUAAAACUGCUUACUAUUUUGAAAAACCGUAUCUGAACGAGACCAACUUUAAGAAUGAAAUAGAUAUAGAAAAGGAUAAUUACUAUCAUAAAACAUUCUUCGACGGUAUAUUCACUGCCAAUGAAACUAAGGUUGAAUAUUUCAAUGUUGAUAGAACGCAACGUUUAAUCAUCAAUAUAAAAUCAUAUCCGAAAGAUGAUCUUUCACUCUACGGAGAUAUUAUAAAUAAGUUGAUUGAAAAUCAAAAAUUACUAUCGAAAAGUAAUGAAUUAGUAAUUAUUAAUCAAAGAAAUGAAACUGCAAAUUCGAUUGAACAAGAUAGAAUAUUUAAAGGGAAAAAUUUAUUAGAUUAUCGAAUAACGGAAAAUGAGAUUGUAUUUUGUUUAUCGGAUAGGAACGAUUCGAAAAUGAUCACUUUAGAAUUCUAUCCAAAUCUAACAAUGUGAAAUAGGGAACGUAAUUAUAGAAAGCCUAUUCUCAUUAUGUUAUUUAUUAAUGUUCAAAUACUUUCCUUUGAUAUAUUUUUUUUUCAAUAAAACUUAUUAUCAUAUU